UAAGUCUGAUGAUUAAAACGAUUAGCUCUAAAACAGCGAUUAUUGGUAUUUGAGUGCAAAUUAAUUGUAAAAUAUAUAAAAUUAUUGCAAUAUUGCAACUUAGAAUAAAGGUUUCUUUAACAAAAGGCUGGUGUAAGCAAAUCCCCAAAAAAAUUAUCAAUAAAAAUAUAAUAUUUUAUGAUUGAUAAAUAUACGCUACUUAUAACUGAAGAAUAUGUAAAGCGUACUAUACCUUUUAAAAUAAUCUAAUCUCUACUAAAAAUUCUAAAUAAAAAAAAUCAAAUGCACCCAACAGUUUCCAAAAAGUUUUUAUAAUUGUCUAAAAAUUAAAAUUGUUAAAGUGAUUACUCGAAACAGACAUGUCUAACAUCAGACCCCUAACCGAGAAAUUACAAGAAAUUGCUUGUAAGGAACUAAAUGAACAGCCGGAAAGACUACAGCAAGAUCUGACAAUAUUUAAAGAAUGGAUUGAAAAACAGCCACACUUGAAAGCUAGAACUGAUGAUCAGUUUUUAAUCAGUUUCCUAAGAGGCUGUAAACACAGUUUGGAAAAGGCUAAAUUAAAAAUCGAUCGUUAUUAUACGUUGAAAACCAAAUAUCCCGAUUUUUAUACCAUACAAAAUAUGGAGAAAACAAAAGUUAAGGAAUUGGUGGAAUUGGGUAUUGGCUUAUCUUUACCCAUGCCUUUGAAUGGUACUGGUCCUCGUAUACUCUACAUACGUACCGGCCACUAUCCCACCGAUAAGUUUUCUUUUGCUGAUGUUAUGUGUGUUGCUAAUGCUCUGCAGGAGUUGUGCAUGCGUGACGAUGACUAUUGUGUGGUGUGUGGUUAUGUUCAAAUUUUGGACAUGUCUGAGUAUAGUGCAGCCCAUAUGCUACAAAUGACUCCAACUGUGGUUAAGAAAAUGUCUACAUUUGCUGAAGAUGCUGUGCCUUUGCGUCAAAAGGCCAUACAUAUCAUUAAUAUGCCGUCAAGUUAUGAAAAGGUUUUUAAUAUGCUGAAACCUUUGAUGCCGUUGAAACAGCAAGAGAGGAUGUUCGCCCACGGUAGCAAUUUAUCAUCUUUAUACGAACACAUUCCUCAAAAAUAUUUACCUCAAGAAUUGGGUGGAGAAAAUGGUUCCAUAGAGGAAUUAACUAAAGAGAUAAAGGAGAAUUUCAGCAAACAACAAGAUUAUUUCCUAGAUGAUCACAACUACAGAGUAGAAGAAAAACUACGUGUGGACAAGAUCAUCAAUUAUGAUGAUGUCUUUGGUAUAGAGGGAACCUUUCGUAAAUUAAAUGUAGAUUAAAUAAAAAAAAAACACAAAAUUUUUGUAAAAAAAA